UAGUCUACCAUCAUUCUUAAUUUUCAUUGCAAGUAUGAAAUGAUAAACAUUUGAUAUAGAUUUACGUAGUUUUCAUAAUAUUUCCAUGACGGACCCUCUAAAUCGUGGGAAUAAUAUCUCUGGGGAGUUUCAUUACCUGUAAACAUUUAUCAUGACUUCCGGUAUGUUAUCAUCGCUUUCUUUCGCUCUUUUCUGCCGCAACUUGCUCAUGUUGAUUUGACUGACUGCUGGCUGAGUCACAGAGUGAACAUAGUAACGCACGCCUAAAAGUCAAAACAUUUGGUUGCAGUUAAUAUCGAGUUCGAAUCAGCACUGAAAAUAUAAUAAUGGCAGAUCCUCGUAUCAAGCAAAUCAAGAUUAAAACUGGUGUGGUGAAACGGCUCGUUAAGGAAAAAGAGAGCUAUGAGAAAGAAGCAACUCAGAUUGAAGAGAAGAUUGAGAAAAUGAAAGCUGAUGGAAAAGACGAGUAUGAUGUCAAGAAACAGGGUGAAGUUCUUCAAGAAUCCCGGUCGAUGGUGCCAGACACUAUCAGGAGAUUGAAAAAAGCUUAUGCUGACUUGGAUGAGUUAUUGCAAAAAGAGUCCGACUUGGCUGAGGCUGAAGAGUUUACUCAAGCAAAAGAAGCUCUUGCUACUGCAGAACCAGUGAUUGCUUGAGGUGUCCUGAAUUGUGCAUAUUUUCAUCCAUUCUGUAUCACCCGAAAAUGAACAAUUUGUCAGUUGCCUCCUCUCAAUACACAGCUCAUUCCAUAAAAGAUUUUUUUUUUUUUUUUUUAACUUUGGAAUAAUGUGAUUGUGGACUUGAUGAAGCUUGUGUGCAGCCAGAUUAUUUAAUUGAAAUGAGAAAUUUUUGCAGGACAAAAGGAAAACAAUAGGUCUUCAGUGCUCGUGGUGCAGAAAUUGAUCUGUAUAGAUGGAAGAAGGAAAGACCCCUCUAGCACAUGAUAGUAUUGUUACACAGGUUAUGUGCUUUGCAAUGUUAGUUUGUAUUCCUUCGUCCAUGAUGAGUCUAGUCUUCACAUUGUUUCAGGUGUGUGUUAAGCACUUUUUUUUUCGGAGAAAUACGAAAGACAAAAAAAAAGCACAUGAAUACCUUGUGUCAUGUUUCACAUAUUUUCAUACUCAUGGCAGAAGUGGGACAAUUUCUGGAGGGGUUUUGAUACUGUUGGGGAGACUGCAAACUGUGGUACCAAAUCACAACUUGCCUCUUUAAAUGAUUUUUGCUUGUUACCUUUUAUUCCUUUGCACUAAUAAAAGAUGAUUUUUAAAUA